CUUAGACUUCGCGUUAAGAACUGGACUUCGCGUUGAAGAACGGUCCCGAACCGACGCGAAACUGCCGAUUUGAUUCCGAAAACCAAAUCAAACACGUCACGGCCUGCGACACCAAACGACCAAUCGCCCCAAAAACUUCCUCAUCGGCCGCCGCUCCAAAUGGGCACUGGUCAGACAACACAGGGCCCGAGACCAGCAGUGCGUUGCUGCCUAAAGUCAAGCAGGGGGUCAUCCGAGCUUGGGUUUGGUCGCCUAUGGAGGACCCAUGAUGCUGCUGCUGUAGAAGGGAGACGAGCCAACUUCUUCUAUUUGCGAGCCAGCUGAUGAUAUGUUUUGCCGCGCCUUCCAUGGUCAGGGGCGUCGUUGCUUGGGCCACCGCCUGGAAUGGAGGAUAGGGGAGAUGGAAAGAGGCUACACAGGAGUGGAACAGCUUGUAAUGGAGGACAGGGAAACAUGGGUCGGGGUGGUACCUUGGGAAGCUUUUGAGACGACGUCUGGGAUGGCACGUGGUCGAAAGAAGGCGACGCGACGGGGCGGGGAUAAUAAUACGUCCCAGUCGGAUUGCAGGCCGUUUCCCCUCCCAAGUCUGGAGCACGUUCGGGCAGCAGUGGAAUCCUCUUAUUUUGUUUUUGGAAGAAGUUGGCGUAGGAUUCGGUGGUAACUGUUAGUUGCGCGUGGGCAUGAAGGGUGAAGCACGCACGAGGGACCACACCCGCUCCGCAUGCAAGAGUGAGAGGUAGCGGCGCAUCAAUAAUAGUUUCAGCAGUGGUGUGGCAGAAGGUUCUCGCUUUGGCGUUAGUAGCGCCCCUCGUGCUUGCUGUUGUCGCAACAGGAUGGAAAACAGCCGCAUGAUAUUAAUUAAGGUCGAGAGGCAGCGAGAUGGAAAAUCCUAGGCACGUUAUUCGUGACUGUUUGUACAUAAUAUCUCUGUAUACAGCAUUGACAACGUCAGGAGACGAUGCCUUGCCGUCGUGUUACAGUAACCGUAGGUCAAAAUAUCAUGCAGUAGAGACGCGUGCAAAAUUGGUACGCCUCCCAUACAAUAGCGCGGUUCUCCACUUCGUUUGUCUGGAAGGUCCAACUCUCCAACCCUAUUUCGUAGAGAGAGUGCCCACCCAACACAAAAAAAAGUUCCCUUUUUUUUUUGUACUGUACCAUUGCUAAAAACCAAUCGUCCAAACCCUGAAGGUCUCACUCACUCACAUAGAAACAGGGACGAUGAAGCGAGGAGAUGACAGUGGCCGCCAAGCAUUCCGAACAACGCAUACGUUGCACACCACACUCCGUCACUCGCUGUAGGUAAACCGAAGCCCGUCCAACAAAGCAAAUCAUUCCGCACACCGAUACCGGUUGGACGUGGCAUGUUGAUACUGCCCAUGAAACGGGUGUCCGCCGCCUACAAUUCGUUCUAAGGUGCUGCCACUUGAAUGUGAAACGAUGCGAAAUUAGUCGACGGGCAAAAAACGAACAGAAAAAAUAUACACCCUGAGAGGAACUGGUGAGGGUGCACUCGGGAGUUCCUCAGUAGACUCAAUCAUGCUCAUGCUCUUCCUGGUACCCCC